UGGUCGUCGUCGUCGUCGGCUGUUUGGUGAUUCCGGAGAUUGGUUUGUGCGUAUCCGGAGACAUGCACCGCCGGCGGGCGAAUUAUUCUCGCCGUUGUUGUUGCGUGCCACGCCUCCCCUCCUCUUCCUUCUCGCUGCGAAUCUUGGCCGGUGCGGAUUCUCCAUUGAUCGCGCCACUAGAACCCCAGCCAGCUCCCGUUCGAGACCCUAUUUAAGCAUCGCCGCCGCGUUAAUCCCUCUUUCCUCCUCCAAAUCUCAUCACAAUUCAGUUUUUCUGGUGAAUAAUCUGCUGGGUGAUUAUCUGGCCUCAUCGUGCAAUCUGCAUGUUGCAAGAUAUCAUGAACGCCAAGAAGAUUAAGCUGCGCGACUGCCACUACGGGGUGCCGCUGUGUGACCCAUCGCCGCCGGCGCAGCUGCUGAGCGCCGCCGCGGGGAUGUCGUUUCACCCGGGGCUCGUGAGCACGGCGGCGCACCACCAUCAGCAGCACGGCGCUGGCGGCUGGCUGAGCGAGGAGUACGCGCCGAAGUCGUCGUCGUCGUCGUCGCUUCUUGCGCAGACCUGCGUCGGCUCCAACGUGGCCGCGUUCUACGCCGCCGAGGAGCUGCUCGGCAUGGCGCAGUUUGACUGCGCAGGUCUCGGGACGACGACGACGCUGGCGGCGAUGCCGACGGCGAUCAAGGCGCCGUUCCGGUCGUCGGAGAGCGAACUGUUGCCCGUCGACCCACUGCUCCUCCGCGGGGACCAUCAAUCGGUCAGCACGUACUACGUCCGGCCGCAGAAGCGGGGUGCCGGAGAGAGGGCACCAUUGCCGCCGCCGCCGCCGUCGCAGCAACAGCAGGACAGACUCCACGGGCUCUUCGCCGGCGCUCCCACCACCCGGCUUCUCAGCGGCGAGCCCAAAAUCCACUCGUUUUCACCUCAAGUUGCGGCGAAACCGAUUCUGCCGGUGAUGGAUGCGCCGAUCAGCCUGCAGAGCCAGAUGGAGAAUCAGCUGUCCAGGAGCUGCAUCGGCGCAACACCUCCGGUAACCCCGACCGGAAACCUCGCCGGAUCAGCAGCUGCGCCGAGCAAGACGCGGAUCAGGUGGACGCAGGACCUGCACGAGCGGUUCGUCGACUGCGUGAAUCAGCUCGGCGGCGCAGACAAGGCAACUCCAAAGGGGAUUCUGAAGCUGAUGAAUUCGGAUGGCCUGACGAUCUACCACAUCAAGAGCCAUCUUCAGAAAUAUCGCAUAGCGAAGUACAUGCCAGCGACGUCAGAAGGGAAGCAACAGGAGAAAAGAGCCACAGGAAAUGACAUGCAGAAUCUGGACCCCAAAACUGGAAUGCAAAUCACAGAAGCACUGCGUGUGCAGCUCGACGUGCAGAGGCGCCUCCAUGAGCAGCUCGAGAUUCAGAGAAGUCUGCAGCUGAGAAUAGAGGAGCAGGGGAAGAGGCUGCAGAAGAUGUUCGAGGACCAGCUGAGGGCGAGCAGGGGCGUGAUGGAGCCGCAGGAGCUGGACGUCGUCGCCUUCGCCGACGGCGACGGCCACGACGAUGCGUUCGAUGACGACGUGCAGCUGCUGGCCGUCGCUGCUGGCAGCGACUAUGACGACGCCGGGUUCUCGUCCAAAAUAAGCUAGCUAGGCAGACCUGUUGCGUUUUGUGUUUUGGGCACUUUGAUUUGACAAAAUGUUGCUGCAGUUCUCGAUGUAUGAUAUGCACAAUGCUAUUUUUUUGCCCGUGUAGUUGGCGAAGUUUGAAAAGGUAUUUUAAAAAAGAAAGUGGGAUCCAGAGAUUCGCUCCUUUUUUUUUAGUUUGGGUUUGAUCAGAGUUGUAAAAUUAGGUUUAUUCUAUUGGCAUGCACCGCUUUUAUUAAUGGUUUUAGUUAGGUCUUAACAGGC